UUUCUCCUUUUGCUUCAAGCUCCAGCACUCAGUAUGGCACUAUGACAAGGUGAAAGCAAAGAAGAAAAAGCUGUUUCUCGUUUCUUCCAACGUUGGUAGCUAAGAGCCAGUCAGCAGACUGUGUACUCCCAUGAUAUCCCUAGAUGCUAGAGAGUGUUCAAGCCGUGAUACUGGGGUGUGGGCCUUCCACUAGCCCAGCCCCCUACCCCAUUCUAUCGGGUUCUAUCAGGUGCAAUGCGGGAGCUGGGCCCAGGCUCCUGGGUUCGCCCCACCUCGGUCAAUGCAGACCCUCGUGACCCUGGGACUGUUGAGCAAACACGGAGUGAAAUAUCCUCAUGCUCUAUUAGAGCCUGGGGUUUAAAGGUCAGCUCUGUGCUUAUCGGCUGAGUCUGAUUCACUCCCUAAAUGGCUCUCAGGGAGUUUCGUGCUUGCAAUAUGGACUGAGCAGAUGAGCCUUUCCAUGCAGAGAGGGGAGCUAUUUGCUUUGCAAGGAGCUGUCUCCGCCAACAGGGAAACUGCAGGUCAGCAGCAGGUGGGAGAUGAAUGGAGGUGCCCUGCGACGAGCGCUUCCUUCCGACAUAUUGACUCAGAAAGCUCAAGGUACACGGGCAUUGGUGGCUUGUGGCUUUCAGCUCUUUCCUGUGAAAAUCAGAAAACUUCCAACUGAAACAAUUUGGGGAUUUCAACACUGUCAGCAGGCAGGUCACAUCCUACUAUCUUACCCCAGGAUACCUUACAAGACUUUGUCAAGCAUCUUGCUGAAAUAGUUAUCUGUGUUGCUCCAAUUCCAAUUGUGUGCACUCGGUCAAAAGAAUCAUUGCAAAGUUCUCUCUGGUCUGUAAUCAGACGAACAGCCUCAACGCCCGAUUCUGCUGUUGCUCCGUCGUGAGUAGUGGUUUCCCUGCCGUGCUUUGUUUGCAGAUCCCCCGGAGGUGGUUCUCCAGAGGGAUGAAUGGCAUCUUUGUUCAAAGGGGCCAGGAGAGAGAAUCAUCUAAUUCUACCAAAGACAGGAGACAGUAAACCGAUCCUGCGUUUCCAUUGCUCUUGGAAAAAGAACAGUAAAUGACAGCAAAAUUGAAUAACGAGAUACUUGCACGGUAUAAAUGACCCAGCGGAAGAGAUGUGAUGAGAAGGAGGAUCUGCGUUUUCCCUCCCAUUGGCCGUCCUGCGUGGGUACCAAGUUCCACACGGGAUUUCAUGGAUUGUCAGGAGAUGUCAGUGAAAAAAAGGGUCCGGAAUGAUUACUAACCCAUGACUCCCAACAGUAUGACAGAAAAUGGCCUUCCAGCCUGGGACAAGCCGAAGCCUUGUCCCCACGGCAAGCAGGAGUGGAAGCUUGUGGGAAUGUCUGAAGCCUGCCUGCACAGGAAGAGCCCCCCAGAGAGGCGCAGCGCAUUGAAGAAUGAACAGUCGCCCCGGCAUCUCAUCCAGGCCACCUGGACCAGCUCCAUAUUCCAUCUGGACCACGACGAUGUGAACGAUCAGAGCGUCCCUAACGCCCAGACCUUCCAAACGGAAGAGAAGAAAUGUAAAGGCUACAUCCCCAGUUACUUAGACAAGGACGAGCUAUGUGUCGUGUGUGGUGACAAAGCCACCGGCUACCACUACCGCUGCAUCACGUGUGAAGGCUGCAAGGGUUUCUUUAGAAGAACCAUUCAGAAAAAUCUCCAUCCAUCCUAUUCCUGUAAAUAUGAAGGAAAAUGUGUCAUAGACAAAGUUACAAGAAAUCAGUGCCAGGAAUGUCGCUUUAAAAAAUGCAUCUACGUUGGCAUGGCAACAGAUUUGGUCCUGGACGACAGCAAGCGUCUGGCCAAGAGGAAGCUGAUCGAGGAGAACCGGGAGAAAAGGCGGCGGGAGGAGCUGCAGAGAUCCAUCGGUCACAAGCCCGAGCCCACCGACCAGGAGUGGGAGCUCAUCAAGACCGUCACCGAGGCCCACGUGGCCACCAACGCCCAAGGGAGCCACUGGAAGCAGAAGCGGAAGUUCCUGCCAGAAGACAUUGGACAAGCGCCAAUAGUAAACGCCCCAGAAGGUGGAAAGGUCGACUUGGAAGCCUUCAGCCAUUUUACAAAAAUCAUCACACCAGCAAUUACCAGAGUGGUGGAUUUUGCCAAAAAGUUGCCUAUGUUUUGUGAGCUGCCAUGCGAAGACCAGAUAAUCCUCCUCAAAGGCUGCUGCAUGGAGAUCAUGUCCCUUCGCGCUGCUGUGCGCUACGAUCCAGAAAGUGAGACUUUAACCUUGAAUGGGGAGAUGGCGGUGACUCGGGGCCAGCUCAAAAACGGGGGUCUUGGGGUGGUGUCCGACGCCAUCUUCGACCUGGGCAUGUCGCUGUCUUCUUUCAACCUGGAUGACACUGAAGUCGCGCUCCUUCAGGCCGUCCUGCUGAUGUCUUCAGACCGCCCAGGGCUUGCCUGUGUUGAGAGAAUAGAAAAAUACCAAGAUAGUUUCCUGCUGGCCUUUGAACACUAUAUCAAUUACCGGAAACACCACGUGACUCACUUUUGGCCAAAACUCCUGAUGAAGGUGACAGAUCUGCGGAUGAUUGGAGCCUGCCACGCCAGCCGCUUCCUGCACAUGAAGGUGGAAUGCCCCACGGAACUCUUUCCCCCAUUGUUCUUGGAAGUGUUUGAGGAUUAGACUGACUCAUUCUCAUAAUUCCAACAGCACUGCUGGGUGUCAUUUCAUUCCAUUGCCUAGCUCUUUUUUGUUUGUUCCUUUAUUUCUUUGUGUUGGGAGGGAUUGUUUGGGGGAAAGGGGAGGUAGUCCUUGGCCUAGACAUGGAUGAAAUUGCCCCUUGAAUGCGGGUACUUGUAACUAC